GCAGAGGUGGUCGCCAUGGAGACGCGUGGCCCUGGCCUGGCGGUCCGCGCUGAGUUCCGACUAGUCGGCAGCGGGCCUCGGGCGCCCCCGGGGCGGGUUGGGUUGCAGCCCAGCGGGCGGAUGGACCGCCGCGGUGGGGCGGGGACAUUGGGGUACAAGGACAACGACGGCGUGGAGGAGGAGCGGGAGGGCGGCGCCGCGGGCCCGCGGGAGUCUAGACUGCCCCCCAUCACAGGCGGCGCCUCCGAGCUGGCCAAACGGAAGGUGAAGAAGAAGAAAAAAAGGAAGAAGAAGACCAAGGGGUCUGGCAAGGGGGACGAUAAACAUCAGAGUCAGAGCCUGAAGAGCCAGCUGCUUUCUUCCUCCUUUCAUGACAUCUUAAGUCCUUGCAAAGACCGUGGCCCAAAACCAGAGCACAGACAGAGCAAAGUGGAAAACAAGCACCUCCCUUCUGACUCCUCCACCGUCAGCCUCCCCGACUUUGCCGAAAUAGAGAACCUUGCGAAUCGGAUCAACGAAAGUCUGCGUUGGGAUGGAAUUCUUGCUGACCCGGAGGCAGAGAAGGAAAGGAUUCGCAUCUAUAAACUGAACCGGAGAAAGCGGUACCGGUGCUUGGCCCUCAAGGGCUUCCACGCCGACCCCGAGGCCCUCAAGGGCGUCCACCCCGACCCCAAUGCCCUCAAGGGCUUCCACCCUGACCCCGAGGCCCUCAAGGGCUUCCACACCGACCCCAAUGCCGAGGAGGCCCCUGAGAACUUCCCCUACCUCUCGGACAAAGAUGGCAGCUCCAGCCACAGGCAGCCCACGUCAAAAGCCGAGUGCCCCAAUCUCUGUUUUGAAGGCAACCUUACCCCAAAGCUUCUACACUCUGACUUAGCUCCUACUCUGCUGGAGUGAAAAUCUACCCACGACACUCACAAACUUAUAAUUCCUCCUCACCACAAGUUUAUGCGUUAAAAACCAUCAUCAUAAAAGGAAAUGAGACCCGUAUCUGAAGGAAACAGACGUUCGGUACACGGACGACGCCGACUCUCCCAUCACCAAGCUGCCCUCAGUUGCCCAGGAGAGCCACAGUGCCUUGAGAACAUAAGCAAUUUAGUGAACAGAGUUCUUUUCAGAAUUUCCUUUUUCUUAAAUAAGCAUCUCUGUUACUUAAUUUCUCACCACAGCUAGAUGUCUAUAAUCUGCCCCAAAAAGAAAAGAAAGCGUGUAGAUGAUUUACCUCUUAAGUCUCAAUGUCAUGGUGAAACUCCUCACACGGUACCUGCUUCUGUUGGCCCGAGGACGAUGCCCUGAACCUCUUGGAGCCUUUUUCUGUUUUAAUUAAAUGCAUGGCCUGCCUUUAUAUGGCCUCAAAUAA